UACAGAGGUGGAGGGACGAUGCCACCGUCUCGUAAUAACGGACAGUGCACGACCUGACCGCGUCAUCGAAAUUAAGAAUAUACACCGUUAUUACGACAUAUUGGGGCAGUAGAAGAAAGGGAAAGACAGUUUAUUCGUUUAAAAAAAGAUAUCUUAUUAGAAAGAAAGGAACAUACUUUAAACUGGAUGAACUCCCUGGCUCACAUCCACAAAAGUGAUUCUGUCAUUAUGAAGAAGAGCAAUUUAGCCAAACGGGGUCCCCAAGAUGUCAACCAGCUGUCAUCGCAGCCAGACAAAUUCGGCUGGAUCCGCAAGUUCUGUGGUAAAGGGAUUUUUAGGGAAAUAUGGAAAAACCGUUUCGUGAUACUGAGAGGAGACCAUCUGUACAUCUCUGAGAAAGAGGUGAAGGAUGAGAGGAAAGUCCAGGAGUUGUUUGACCUGGCUGACUACGAACGCUCUGAGGAGCUGCGCAAGGCCAAGAGCCGCAGUAAGAAGAACCACAGCAGGUUCACCCUGCUCCGCUGCAAGCAGCCUGGGAAUAUAGUUCCCAAUCUUGUGUUUUUGGCUGUUAGCCCCGAGGAGAAGGAGUCGUGGGUCAAUGCCCUCAAUACAGCCAUCAUCAAAGCCAAGAACCGCAUUUUUGAUGAGGUUACAAUUGAAGAGGACAGUGUCCUGGUGCACCCUACACGUGAUCGUGCCAAGAUUCCCCAUGCACGGCGCUUGCCCACCCGGGGACAUCUCUUGGCUGUGGCAUCCACCUCAUCAGACGGAAUGUUGACCCUUGACCUUGUCCACGAGGAAGAUGACUCCACCCCAGAAGAUGAGGAAGAAGGCUUCUGGGAAAAUAACUUCAGGGUUGACCUAGACAAAUGGACCACAUGUCGUCAGCGUUCUGGCACAGACGUCUCCAAACUCUGUGUCACCACAAAGGACCUAAAGGUACCCAAGACGGGCAGCCUGCCUUGCGGGAGCGAGCUCUCCUGGGACCGGGUGCACCAUCUUGAGGCUCAAUCCCGUUCCCCUCCACCAGGGAAGAGGUUCAGUGCCCAAGGUAGGAGCCGCUGCGCCUCCAUGGAUGAGGUCCUUUCCUUGCGGCCAGUCAGGGGUGUCCUUCACCCUCACCCCAUAGGUGAACCUGUCCAGCCUGUCGGACCACUGCAGAGUCUUAUUGCCCAGAAAAUGCAGAGGGCUCAGGAGCUGCUGGAAGAAAUGCGAUUGGAGGAACUGCAACGUGCAAAAGGCUUAGACUCGCCCUAUCUAAAGGGCAUUGACUCACCCCGUUUGUACCAUUUAAGAGGCUCUGAGUCUCCUCACUCCAGAGCCUCAGGUUCACCUCGCAGUAAGAGUAGUGACUCCCCUCGUUUGAGGGUGAAAGACUCGCCUCGUUUGAGGGGGAAAGACUCACCUCGUAUGAAGGGCAAGAAGUCCCGCUCAAAAGGUACAGACUCACCCCAUUCAAAGAGGGCUGAAACUCCUAAUUUGAGGGGUAACAACUCUCCCCGUCUCAGGGUUACUGACUCGCCCUGUAUGAAGGGUUCGGAUUCUUCCAGUUUCAAGGAAAAAGACUCGCCAAGUCUGAAGGGUUCUGACUCCCCACGUCUCAAGAACAUUGGUUCACCCUUCUCAAAAAGUUUUGACUCAUCAAGUCUGAAGGGUUCUGACUCGCCUCGCAUCAAGGAUACUAUUCUGAGGGGUAAGGACUCGCCAAAUAUAAUUGGUAAGAACUCCCCAAGUCUGAAGAGUAUCGGCUCACCUUCCCUGAAAGGUGCUGACUCGCCCCGUCUGAAGGGUAAUGAGUCACUCCAUAGUAAGAGUGCACACUCACUUCUCAGUGACUGUGAUUUGGAGAGUAGACGGGCGGAGGCGGAGCGACUUCUGCAGGAGGCCGUCUCCUCCUGGCGUCAGGCUAAGGAGGUGCUGGAUGAGGUGAAGGAGCUGCAGACGCAGUCACUAAACCGCCGCUCUGAAAAGAAGACAAUAGACAGUCCCCCAACAACGCCACCGGACUAUAGGCUGGAGGACGCAUGCCUCUGUCGCCACCACAGCUGAAAAGCACGCUGGGUUGUCUCCAAACAAAGAGAAAAUAAAAGAGCACUAGGGACAUGGAGUAAAUACAUUUUUGUCACAUUUUGUUGUCAUAACAUGCCAGUGUAGAAGUACAAAGCUUUUAGGCUGUAUUGCUCCCUUUGCACUUUCCUAUCUUGAUCCUUGCAUUCAGAAAGUAUUCAGACUCCUUCACUUUUUCCACAUUUUGUUACGUUACAGCCUUAUUCUAAAAUAAUGAGAAUUGUUCAGAUGUAUUAUUUACAUAAGUAUUUCGACCUUUUGCUAUGAGACUCGAAAUUGAGCUCAGGUGCAUCCUGUUUCUGUUGAUCAUCCUUGUUUCUACAACUUGAUUGGUGUCCACCUGUGGUCAAUUCAAUUGAUUGGACAUGAUUUGGAAAGGCACACACCUGUCUAUAUGAGGUCCCACAGUUGACAGUGCAUGUCAGAGCAAAAACCAAGCCAUGCGGUCAAGGAGCAGGAUUGUGUCGAGGCACAGAUCUGGGGAAGGGUACCAAAACAUUUCUGCAGCAUUGAAGGUCCCAAAGAACACAGUGGCCUCCAUCAUUCUUAAAUAGAAGUUUGGAACCACCAAGACUCUUCCUAGAGCUGUCCGCCCGGCCAAACGGAGCAAUCGAAGGAGAAGGGCCUUGGUCAGGGAGGUGACCAAGAACCCGCUGGUCACUUUGACAGAGCUCCAGUUCCUCGGUGGAGAUGGGAGAACCUUCCAGAAGAAUAACCAUCUUUGUAGCACUCCAAUCAGGCCUUAAUGGUAGUGUCCAGACGGAAGCCAUUCAUCAGUAAAAGGCACAUGACAGCACGCUUGGAGUUUGCCAACAGGCACCUAAAGGACUCUCAGACCGUGAGAAACAAGAUUCUCUGGUCUGAUGAAACCAAGAUUGAACACUUUGGCCCCAAUGCCAAGCGUCACAUCAGGCACCGCUCAUCACCUGGCCAACACCAUCCAUACUGUGAAGCAUGGUGGUGGCAGCAUCAUGCUGGGGGAUUUUUAGCGGCAGGGAUUGGGAGACUAGUCAGGAUCGAGGGAAAGAUGUAUGGAGCUAAGUACAGAGAUAUCCUUGAUGAAAACCUGCUCCAGAGUGCUCAGGAACUCAGACUGGGGCGAAGGUUCACCUUCCAACAGGACAAUGACCCUAAGCACACAGCCAAGACAAUGCAGGAGUGGCUUCAGGGCCCGGACUUGAACCCGAUCUAACAAAUAUCUGGAGAGACCUGAAAAUAGCUGUACUGCGAUGCUCCCUAUCCAACCUGACAGAGCUUGAGAGGAUCUGCUGAGAAGAAUGGGAGAAACUCCCCAAAUACAGGUGUGCCAAGCUUGUCACGUCAUACCAAAGAAGACUCAAGGCUGUAAUCACUGCCGAAGGUGCUUCAACAAAGUACUGAAUCAAGGGUCUGGAUACUAAAUUGGAUAUUUUUUUUAUUUUUUUUAAAUAAAAAAUCAAUUUAAAAAACCUGUUUUUGCUUUGUCAUUAUGGGGUAUUGUGUGUAGCUUGACUAGGAAAAAAAAUUGAAUCCAUUUUAGAAUAAGGUUGUAACGUAAUAAAAUGUGGAAAAAGUGGAGGGGUCUGAAUAGUUUCUGAAUGCAGUGUACUGUAUACUAGUCAAAUCAAGUUGAGCAAGUAGUGAAAUAAUAAUUUCAUUAUCACUGCCGUUUGCUUUCUGAUUUGAAUAGGUUGGAUGGACCUUAAACCCAUAAUAUAUUUUCUGUGCACUCAUUUUUGUUCCCUUUGUCAAUGGCUCUGUGGUCCACUGUGAAUGGGCUUCUGGGUUGUAGGAGCAGACCAUGGCUCAAUCCAGGUUCGUGGAUGAGUGGGUGACAGACUGAGAGGCAUUAACAGGGCUAAGAGCAGAGUUUCUGCUUGUGUAUUUACAUGUAUUAUCCACCAGAGGUGGAUUAGGUUUCAUUGGAAAAUAAAUGCUUUGUACUGUAAACAUAAACAUUAAAUGCUUUUUUUUAUAAUGGACGAAUGGAAUGAGAAUGUGUUUGAGCGGAAACAGUGUCUAAGGAGCAUUAUUUCCUUGCGAAAUUCCUAUGUGGAGAAGCUGCCUGGGAUUGCUCUCUUUCGGUUAGCUUCAGUUGUUGACAACUUGCAGUCAAGUCCAAUGACCUUCAAACAUCAAGAAUUUCCCCAGUCUCUUGGUGUCAGAAACCUAGUACUGUAGUUGUUGGUCUUCUCAGAGACCAAAUACAAAGGCGAUCUUUCUCUUACUGUGAGCGUGUCAGAUAAUGAGCUGUUUCCUCAUCCCUUCUCUGUCCUAAACUGAGCUAUAAUAUUCCAGGGACAGACUCAAGAUGUCUGUUUACAUCAUGCAAUCAAACUGAUUAAUGUCACCAAUUGGAUUCCCAACACUUAUAGCUGAAACUCACGGACCACAAGGCCACAUUGAUUGCAAGGAUAUUAAAGUAGCUAACUACUUCGCUCUAUUAAAUGUACUUUUAUUAUUCUGGUCAUGUAACAUGGUCUCCUGCUUGUACUCAGAAUGCCUCUAUUGUUUUGUUUAAUUGAAGUUCUAUGAUCUACAAAAGCCUGCACGUGAGUGAUUCGGUGGCAGAGAGCAAGAGAAAGUGCUCAUUAACUCUGAUCAGCUUCUGAGGAGAAAUGCUAUUAUGGGAUUAUAAUUGCAGGCGUCAUGUUGAGUCUCUGUCGCGUUCGUUGCAAUUCGAAUUAAGUGGGCAGAUGAUUUCAACAGUUCUUCUGUCUCUUCCAAAAAGGUGCACAGGGUAAUCUCACAUUUCAGAGGCUUUCAUUAAUUAUUUAAUGAGGAUCAAUUAUUUUAUGAGAGAGGGGAUAAUGAAAGCUUCUGAAACAUUUUCAGGGCACAAAGAUGUUAAACUUGGAGAUAUGAAGAUGGGUUGGUCACACUGCACUAUUUCAUACCAAAAGGGUGGAAAUCAAUGUUCUCAGUAUCAUGUCCUUGUUAGGUCACAUGGUUAGCAUUUCCCGCCAUGUCAUUGGCUGACUGCCAAAACAUGAUUCAUAGGUCACUGAGUUGAAAUUCAAAUGCACAGUGCAUUUAGGACAGGACAAACAUCACUCCAUUCAUUACACCAGGCUCACCUUACAUACGGUUAAAAUCAGUCAUGUAUGAUUGCGGUUUAUUGGUUUAUUUGAUUAUGUGUAUGUAUGUGUCCCUUCAACAGCAAUUAUAUGCCCUUGGUGCACAUGACAACAUGCAAUAUAGUAGGCCUAAUGUUGAUAACGAGAGAUAUCCACCACUGCUUUGUAAUCUGAGCUAAGCCAUAGACCAGCGUAUAGCAACUCUGCCAGAAAGAAGUGAAAAGGCGUUAACAUCUCUCAAGCAAUCUGCAUAAAUAGAUUGUAUUAACAGUAAUUGUGAAAUGACUAAUGUAUGUAUAAGUGAAAUAAAUUAUUUACACUGAA